ACUCGCAGCAACGCGCACAGUACAGAGGCACGGAGGCCGCCACAACAACCAAGCACACACUAGGCUUCUUAGUAACUGAUCGCAUACUCAAGUCGACUGACUCUUUGCAGAAGAGGCCACUAUGAACAAAUACGCUUUGCUGGUCGUGUGCCUAUUGGCCAUUCUCGGCGCCAUCCUCUUGGAGGUGCGAGCCAGCCCCAGUCCACAAAAAUUGAGCGCCAGUCAGCUGGACAGUGUCUCUGCACAGUUCCUGCCUCCAGAAUUUCGCAAUACGAACGUAAGCAUGGAUGAUAUUAAGCGUGUGUAUCGCGAGAAAUGCAAGAAGGUGGUGGGCGUGGAUAACACAACGCUGUAUCAGAAUAUUGAGAAUGCCGCUACCAAGCUGGGUUCCUGUCUCAGCGGCCUGGCCAAUCUGACCGAAUUGCAGGCUGAAAUGGAUGCAGCUCGGCCCAUCGGUGAUCUGGACACAGUGUUCAACAAGUACUGUAAGCGUGCACCGGAAGCGGAAGACUGCGUGCGUGCCUUUAAUGAGAAAGUGAGACCUUGCCUGACUACCGAGGAGCUGCGUCAGCAGGCAACAAUGAUGCGACUUGGUGCCUCACUGUUGGCAUUCGCUUGCUCCCGCGGCGGUGAUCAGAUCGCACUCUUUGUGGCCGAACAGGGGCCCGAGUGCCUCGAGGCAAACAAGGAGAGCAUAAGCAACUGCUUCAACAGAUCAUUCAAUCAGUAUUUGCCAAAGGAUGGUCAAGUGCCCGAUCUGAUGAGCCGGCCCGAGCUGCUUUUCACGCCGACACACUGCGUCGACCUUCAGAGCUUCGAGGGCUGUGUCCUCCACCAUCUGGAGCAGUGUGCCGAGAUCACGCCCGCCAACGUUGUCGAGACCAUCUUCCGCUUUGUGAAGAACGAGACCGACUGCAAGGCAUGGAUGGAUGCGCGUGCCAAUGAGCGUCCCAUACUCUUGGCCAGUGUCAACAACACACGGGACGGCGCCGGCACGCUGGUUACCACACUUGGUGGCACCUUGACCCUCACUCUGGCCGCCUACAUGCUGCGUAACUAAGCGUAUCAUACUCAUAAAUGCCUUAGCUUCGAUAAAAUGUUUAUAGUAUUUCUUACUGAUUAUUGAUUAAAUUUUUUUUUUUUGUGUUUUUUUUUUUUGUUAGUUUCGGUUUGCGAGAAUGAAAGUAGUGGCAACGUUUUCAUGUAUUGUUAAAGUAUUUGUAUUCAUGUGUAUGUUGUUGCCUUAUUUUUUUUUAUACUUAUGUGCGGUGAGUUGUAAUUUAAUGACUACUUUAUUUAUAGUUUACAAUAAAAACAUUACAAAAUCUUUCAA